CACCGUUGCCCGCAAGAUUUGAAAAAACUUAUCUACAAAACUAUUUGCAAUCAUUUCGGUUUCAUAUAUAUUUUUCAUAAGCACUAUAAACAGCCAUGCUCUUCCAUUUUCUAACAGAGGAAACUAGUAUGUUCAAAUUGACUCAGGGGGUGUUUUACAAUAUUCAGAAGUCAACUGCUGUAAGAGCGAAGUAUUGAGUUCGUCCAAUCGCCAUUAAACUGAAUGUGUGUUUCAGCGAUUUUGGAAAUUCUACCCGCAACUGUGGAAAAUGCGCAAAAACAGUUGCAUGCCCUUUUUUGUAUACCAUCGGAUCGGCUUCAAUCUCCUUUCAAUGUUUUUUGACAUGUUUUUUUUUUGUUUUUGAUGACGCUCUGCAAAUCCAUCCCUUUUGAAUGAAAAAUUCAGAUCAAAGGUUGAACGAAUGACAGAUUAUAUUUCGAUUUCAAGUUUUACAGCACUGUACUAAAAUGGACUCCAAAGAAAUAAUUUUAAAACUUGAUCUUAAGAUAACAGGAGCUAAUUAAAUUUUCAUUGGCACGAAAAUGGUUUGAGUAUUGAUGUCUAAAACUUGCAGCAAACAACUUGGAGCGAACAAGUCCAUGAAAUACCAGCUAGAAUAAUAUACAAAUAAUCUUUAUAGUGUCAGUGGGUUGAAAUUUCUCAGUUUCGCUUUGCUUAACAUGUUAGCUGCUAACUCAAGUUCCAAGGAAAUUAUUUAAUAAUUUGCAUGCCAAUAUUCUGUAUACAUAUGUCGAUAUCUAAGCUGUAGAUAGUUCUUGCUCGCUGAUUUUAUGGUCAUGUCGAAUAGUUGUUAAGUAAAGCGGACAGGCAAAGCAAAGCAAGACUUUCAAUUACACAGAUUGCGGCUGACAUAGUAGCGAGGUCUAGAUAAGAUUCCCGUAUACAGGGUGUUGCAUAGACCAAUGGGUGGGUGUCAGAUGUCGGCGCUAUGGCAAUUGCUGGUGCAGCCUGUAUAGUUUAUCAAUUUGAAGACGUCGCCAAUGUGCGACUGGCAGGCAGAGGCCACUUUUACCUAAGAACUGCUUGCCCAAAUCGUAUAUAAUCAGUUAAAUGACGGCGUUUGAGCGUAUAAGUUUGUCGCCUGUAGCACAGCCUAAAGACUUGAACUCAAAGUGCGGCGAUUACACAAUUUCACAUUGCCACGAAAGUGCACGCAAAACAAACCAACAUCGACCCACAUUUAAGAGAGCACAUCAUGAUGCUAAAACGCAUCCAUCAGUUACUUCUAUACGCGCUGUGUCUGCUUAUCUUGGCUGUGUUCUGUGCACCAGCACCGAGUGAAUCUCGGCGGGUGAUCUUCUUGGCGCCACCCGGAAUCGCCCGCGGGCAGAUACUGGCUACGCAUGGCAUAGAGAAGUCUUGCCAGAAGUGCCACAUGAGGGACCAUCGUGGCAACUGUCGGCGCAUAAUAUCGUACAGUUCAGGAGUGUGCUUUACUUAGGAGGCACUUUUUAAUUUGCUUUUGCAGAUGGCGUGAGCUGCUGACAUCGUGGCCGGACGUAGUUAGGUCGUGGCUAUCAAACUGAAUCUCUAAUUCACUCAGAAACCAAAAACAAAAAACGUCAUUCGUAUUUAUUCGCUUUCAGUGCACUAUUUAUUACAUUAUUUCACACUUUUUUUGUCUUCUGCUAAUAAAAUUUGAUGAACUUCUGCAAGCAUUAUAAUAAUAUUUCGUUUGCACAUUACUCAAUAUGAGGUGUACGCGACUAGGAGAUACCCUGAACCCUUCGCCGUACUGUCGUCUCGAAUAUUCAGACUUCCCUGUGGUUCUGGGUAAUAGGCCGAUGUCUUACGAGUCCCUGGGAAGCAGUAUUAUGACUGAGAAUUUGGAAUCAGCAAUCUGUGAUUUAUAAUUAACUUGAAUUGAACUGCACGUUUACACUGGGAGGACCUCUGCUUCAAAUGUAAUGUGUCCAGUCCUUUACACAUUUAUAAGGCACAGGCAUACGGACGGACGGACGGACGGAUGGAUAUGUGUAAAACGACUCGGCUGUUCACGCUGAUCUUCUGUCUGCCACAUACGGAUACCAUUACACCUUGUUGAAAUGUGCAAAUAGCGCUCAAUCAAAAAUCUAGCAGUUCCAGCGGCAAACCUGUAUUCUAUAAUUUGUUGUAUGAUGGAACAUUCAUUCUCUGGUACAAUGGCGGCCCCAGAUGACCAAAAUAAACUUUCUUUUUUUUCAUAUACGUACUUCACCAUUACUUAUUUAAAUCAAAACAAUUUGUAUAAAUGAUAUAAUAAAGCAGAGCUUGUUGAGCGUCCUACAUACCUCAGUUA